AUGCGUAGGCGUCUCGUUCUUGCUCUCACGAAUGCCGCGGUUUCAAUCGGCAAGGCUGUUCCUUCGGCGCCCGAGGCGGACUAUGACCGUCGUUCCCCCUGCGACUUGAACCGCCAGCCCCCCGUACCGCGUCCUGGCGCGAGCGCGGCCGCCCAUCCCAGCGGAGGACUCGCGCGCUCGGAUUUCGUUUCCGGUGUAGGCGGGCAACAAGAUGAGGAGGCUGGGUGCUGUGCGGAUUCGUAUGACGCGCUGAAGGGGAGCUCUCCAGGCGGGCCUGUUUCGAAGGCGCAGGCGGGCGGCGUCUCUGCGGGGCGGUUCUCCGCAGAAGCCGCGGCCCUCGAGCGCGGAUACAGGACGGGACGGGAACACAGCAGAGACCCUAGGACUAGCGAGCGAGGCGCCAAAGCGGCUGGCUUCACUAAAAAGCGAAGACGCGAAACUUCGAGGGGCAGUGUCGCCGCGCGGGAGUUGGUGACCCCGGAGUUCGUUGCCCACGCGAUGCAGUGGCUGGUGAUGCUUCCCUUCAUGAUUGUGGUGGCCGAGAGUCAGGUAAAGUGUGUGGGAAGCCACCCUGAGGUCGAACGCCUGCAGCGCGAGGCCGGAGUGGGGAGCCUGGACCGACGCCUCCGCGACAAGAAAGACGCCCAAAGUCCGAUCUUCCUCGAAUGCGAAUUCGUGGGAGCAUCAGGGCAGCGGCACAACGCACAACAAAACACGACAUACAUACAUACAUACGGCGGAAGUCGCCUGAGCCGCGACGAGGCAUCCCGACGUCGUCUGCAGCUGUGA